AGAGAGGGGGCUGGACUACAGUCUGCCUGCCAUGUGGACGCACAGCCUGCUGCUGCUGCUGCUGGAGCAACACGAACCAUCCACACACACACAGAGAAGAGAGGAGGAGGAGGAGGAGAGCAGGAGGAGGCGGUGCUGCACGGACAAACUGCGUCCCACUCUCCUAAGAGCAAACAUCUUUACGUCCCCACCAGCUCAGACUAUACACACACUUCUCAUCGCUCCGACUUUCACUUGAUCACAGCUUUCUCAUUCAGGACGGAGGGGAGCUGCAUGCGUGGACAUUAAGAGCUUCCAGUGCCUCCAAGGAUGGACUCCAUCAUACCUGCAGGACGAGACUCCAGCAGCUCCUCCUCGCCACCAAGCUCCAAACAGGAGCUGUCCUACCCGACCAAGAACCUGAAGCCCAACCAGGUGUCUGAGACGGUGCUGUACGGAAUACCCAUCGUGUCUCUGGUGAUCGAUGGCCAGGAGAGACUUUGCCUCGCUCAGAUCUCCAACACGCUGUUGAAGACCUACAGCUACAACGAGAUCCACAACCGGCGCGUGGCUCUGGGCAUCACCUGCGUGCAGUGCACACCUGUCCAGCUGGAGAUCCUGCGGAGAGCCGGAGCCAUGCCCAUCUCGUCCAGACGCUGCGGGAUGAUCACCAAACGCGAAGCCGAGAGACUCUGUAAGUCGUUUUUAGGAGCUCACGCGCCGCCUAAACUUCCAGAGAAUUUCGCCUUUGAUGUCACCCACGAGUGCGCGUGGGGGUCGCGAGGCAACUUCAUCCCGGCCAGGUACAACAGCUCCAGAGCCAAGUGCAUCAAGUGUUCCUAUUGCAACAUGUAUUUCUCUCCGAAUAAAUUCAUAUUUCACUCGCAUCGCACGCCUGAGUCUAAAUACACGCAGCCAGAUGCGGCUAACUUUAACUCGUGGAGGAGACACCUGAAGUUAACGGAGAAAGCAGGUCAGACAGAUGUGCUGCACGCGUGGGAGGACGUGAAGGCCAUGUUCAACGGAGGCAGCAGGAAGAGGACGUUGCCAGGCAGCGGAUCUGAUCACUCGUCUUUGAAAUCACACAACCGGCCGAGAGAGUCUAACUCAGAGAUACCCGCAAAGAUGCUGAGCUGCGAGGACAACCGGAGCAUGGUGAGUCCUCGCAGCUACCCGGUGAUCCCGGUGCCCAGUAAAGGCUUCGGGAUGCUGCAGAAGAUCCCGCCGCCGCUGUUCCCUCACCCGUACGGGUUCCCGGCGUUCGGCUUGUGUCCGCAGCAGAAGAAAGACGACGGGCUGCUGCUGGGAGAGCAGAGCAAAGCGGGUCUACCGGGCGUCCUGUGGCCCGGUACCGGUACCACUAAAGACACCUAUCACUCCUUCCCCAUGUUCUGGCCCGCCGCCAUGCCUCAAUACAAACCACAGCCACCGCCAGAGCUGCUGCUGUGUCCGCCUACUGCCAGACAGAGCGACAUGGACAGCGACCGGAGCACCAACACGUCUAAAGACAGCCUGGUGCUGCUGGAGAACGAGCGCUGCUCCAGCUCCAGCACUCAGUCUCAGUCUGCGCGUAACAACGACGACGACAAGUCCGGAGACGAGGCGAGGCCGCUGGAGCUGGUGGACGGGAUGACCCCGACGACCCUGACCCUGCAGGCGAACCCCCGGAAGAUCAGCUACGUCUCCGCGUUCAGACCCGUCAUCAAAGACGCGGACUGCAUCGCUAAGCUGUACGGUAACAGCCGGGCAGUGACGUACAACAACGGCUGCACCAACGGCUCCAACUGCCGCUCCACCAACGGCUAUUUAUCGCCUGAUUUUUUAAGCGAGAGCUCGAGCUACCGGUCCAUGUCUCCGUGUGUGGACAGCGAGGGCGAGCCGGACGUGGACGUGGAGACAAAUAAGACAGUAGAGGAGGAAGAGGAGGAGGAGGAGGACGACUCCAGGCCUCUGUCCUCCUCGGUGUGUCCUCCUCGGUCUCCUCCUCACAGCGUUUCACCAAACGACUCAGACUCCAAGAAGAGCAGCAGCAGCGGCCUGGUGGUGCUGGUGGACUCCCAGAACACGAGCCUCCUCCAGGUGGCCCAGUCCUCUGACAGAGAACUGCACAACAAGCAGUUAUCAGAGAGCCACAUAGCUGCGACUUUUACUGAAGUGUACACACCGGAGAGGGGUGAGCUGCAACAAAGGAGUCCGUAUCAGUUCAGACCUGCACAUUACAAGACUGGAGUACUUACAACAAAUGAUGAGAGUGCAAGUAAAGAAGAGCCGUCUUCCACAGUGGAGGAGAUCGAAACGAAAUCUUAUAAUGAACAAAGCAGCAGCGACGAGAACCAGCGAGAGCCGGAUGAAGGCGAGGACGCGCCAGCCAGAGCUCCUCCAACACAAAGAGCCAUAGAAAGUCUGGCCAAAGAAGAACUACAGAAGCAGCUGUUAGAGCAAGUUGAGCUGAGGAAAAAGCUGGAACGUGAAUUUCAAAACUUGAAAGAUAAUUUUCAGGAUCAGAUGAAAAGGGAGCUUUCCUACAGGGAGGAGAUGGUUCAGCAGCUUCACAUCGUCAGAGAAGCUCACGACGCUUUACACCAUUUCUCGUGUAAGAUGUUGACUCCUCGCCACUGCAGCGGAUCCUGCUCCUUCAAAUCUCCUCUGAUGCCACCCUGAAGCACAUCACUACACAUUUAUAUGACCAGGAAACAAUAUAAAAGGACACAUCUAUACAGCUUCUGUCAAACCAUUGGAGAGAACCUCCGAGGAAUCAAGUUGAAAGAAGAUUGUAAUUAUACUUGUAGUAUUUUAAAAUGUGUAUCUCCACCCUCAGCAUUUAUGUAACCAUCUUUACAGUGUAAUUUGUUUUACUGAAAUGAUACCAUUGAUGAUAUUUAUUAUUUGUGGCAAAGUGCAAUGACAAUGUAUGUAUCUUGUAAUAGUUAUAGGUUGUUAUCUCGGUUUUUUUGUUGUCAAUAAUAGCAGCUUUGACUAGCCAAUUCAUUGCUCCUUAUCCUCUCAGUAUUGUGAAUUAGCCCACUAUACUUUUGAUGUCUUCUUCUUUGCAGCCCAAUAGCUUCCUUUGGAUGUUAUGCACUUUAAACAAAUGAUGGGAAUUACCAUAAAAUACCUUGUGCAUUGAAAUAGGCCUACAAUAUAAUUAUUUGUAGCCUAUUUGUUUCUGAAGACUUACAAAACACAGAAGUUAUAGGAGGCUAAACUUGAACAUCCGCGACCUUGUAAGUAAAGCGACAUAUUCUAUUAAGAGUAGCCUAUUUGUUCAUGUAGCCUAAUAUUUGUUUUCAUCGCUAAUGAAUAAAAAAAUGAUUUAUUAAAA